UUGCUUCUUAAAAUGCAGAGAGCAAAAAAAUGUAGUUCAGGUUCUGCCGAGGCGAUCAUUGCUACAGUUCGGUCUGUGUCACGGUUGGAGAUCAUUAAGGCAAGAUGCUGCGGAAUUUAAUGGCUCUUCGUCAGAUUACCCAGAGAACCAUAAGACAGUUUGAAAAUAAGGUGCCAGAGAAACAAAAACUAUUUCAGGAGGAUAAUGGAAUUCCAACACAUCGAAAGGGUGGGGUAUCUGAUGCCCUCCUGUAUAGAGCCACUAUGAUUCUUACAGUUGGUAGAACAGCAUAUGUCAUAUAUCAGCUGGUUAUGGCUUCAUUUCCCAAGAAGCAAGAUUGACUUCAAUUUA